GCCCCUCCAAGGCAGGAAAGUUCGUCAGUGGAGAGGCAUACGGGGAAACUGGUGGCUUCUGGGGCUUGUAUUUCGACACUGCUGUAAGUGCUGGGUGCAGAGUGUUCUGUGGGUGAUGAGGGGUUUGGAUCUGUUUUCUCUGCGGUCCUUCUCCCUGUCAGAACUUCCUGUGGGGCAUAGCAGUAUUUACAGUGCUCAGGACUUUGUGUUCUCCAGGAAGUUUCUGAACUUGCUGGCCCAGUGUAGAUAUUAAGGGGGGGAGCGGUUGUUCUGGAAGCUGUUUCCUCUUUUUUUUUUCCAUGACAAAUUGUACACCCUACUGGUGUGGGUGGUUGGUGGGACAUGGGGAAUGGUGGGCUGCACUGGGUUAGUAAUGUGACUCACUCAUCACCCAUCUUCCAAUAUAAGCAGUGGCCCUGCUGUCUUUAACAGCAACAAUAAUUAAAUAGUUGUACACAAUAGCUGCCUGGGGCUGAACUGGGACUAAGUGACCAAAGCAGGAGAGGUUUAGUGCCCAUUACCAGCAGGAUGCUGGAGACAGAGAAGGGAGUGACAGUCUACACUGGGUUGAGGAAAGCUGAUAUGAUGGUGGAUUUUAGUGGAAGACAGGGUAAUUCCUCAAAACUGGGAGUGAUAAUUUCAUAAUUUGCAAUCCAUUACUUUCAGCUCAAGAGAAAUAUAUGUUGGCCCCAGUCUUGAUACAAAAAGAGACAUUGCAAUGAGAGUUUUGAAUGAUUACAAAAGCAAUUCACAGUUACUCUGUGUCAACAAUGUCUAGUUGUUAAAAGAAGUGACUUCACAAAAUAAAAAAAACUUGAGCUGAAUCAGCAGAGUAUUUAAAAUGGGCAAAUAGGAAUGCUAAUCAGAAGGAGACUAUUCUUUUCUUAUGCUCUUCCACAGAAGCCGUAAUCCAACUGCUGAAAGUUAUGUUAAUUUGAAAAAGAAUAAAAUCUCUUAAAAUUGCAUAUUUAGAGGCAAAAAAAAGGAAAGCUAAAAUUAGUGCAAAUUUAAGGUUGCAAAGUGUAAAAGAUGGUCAAAAGAAGCAUAAGGAAAAAAUCGUGGCCAGAGAUUUAAGAAGAGCAAAGAAGAACGUAAGGAUCUUGAGCACAAAAGGAAGCCUGGCAGCACCAUUGACCCAUUGCAAGUCAGUGUAUUAGAACUAUCAGUGACAAAGCUGAAAAGGUGUCAGCACUUGAUUUUUCUUUCCCCCUCUCUCCUAUCAAAAGACAAACAAAUGCCUUCACAUCAUGUGCUAGUCAGGUAUAUUCAAGCAAUAACUUAGCUGAUAAGCCAGGGAGGAGGGGAAGCCAUCUGGAGCUCACUGGAUAUUUUCCGAUGGAGCUUCAAGCUUUGUGGGUAAUGGCAAUAAAUCUUCUCCAGUUAAAACAGAGCUUUGAUGGGCUGGUAGCAAAUUAAUACCAGAAGUUUCCUGACAGGAGACUGAUGUAACUGAUAACAGUUUUCUUUUCCGAUUUGAAAAACCUCUUUGAAUUGAGAAUCCUAAAGAAAUGAGCACGAGCACAAGUAGGGUACAGGCACAGAAGUCCAGUAAACACCAUAUAAAUAUGAAAAAUAACUGUGUAAAGGUCACUGUGUCAGCAGUAUCCUGCCACUUGUUGGUUGUAUAUUAAGUAUCUGGGUCUGACUGCUGUGAUAUUAGCCAUAAGAGUAUCUUCCUGCCGAGAUGUUUAAUCAGCAGGCAUCGGGAAAGCUUGGUGGGGCUGGUGUAUAAUAGCAGGGAGAUGGGCUGUGAUGCCACGCUGGGAGGCAGCGUGAGUGCCUUGCAGAGAGCCAGGGAGGCUGAGCACCAUACCCAGCACUGCAGGGCACCGUGGGAAGGUCUCUGACAGGGGAACCUGCUUUGUGCACAGGGUGAAUGGGGGAUUUGUUGGUGUGGCAGUCCGGGUCACUGGGGCUCGUGCCCAGAACCCCCCGGGCGUUGCCUUUCCAGCAGUAAACCCACACCGCAGGGACAGCGUAAGCAGGGCCGUGGGACUGCCCUGAGCACAAAGCCCCUCUGUGCUCUGGACAGAUGCGGAAGGCAGAGAAGGGGCCUGUGUGCUGCCUGCUCCUUUGUGUCUGUCUCUUGAUGCCAUUGCUCGGCUUUUGCUGCCUCUAGCACCCGCCAGCUCUCCAGGAUUUCCAUGUGCUGUUUUUUUUUUUUUUCCAGGAAAACAGGGCUUGCCCAGUGUGUCUUGUGCAAUUUCCCAGGGUCAUAUCCCAGUCACAACACUAAAAACAGCAAAAGGAUGAGUUGUUCCCACACCAAGCAUUGUUGUACACAUGGAUAGCAUUUAGCAGGAUGGUUGCCAUGACUGAAUUAUGUUCGAAUGCAACCUGGAGCUUUGUUGGGGAAAGGAGGGAACACAUUUAUUCAACUGCAUCUGUAUCCCACAAGGAGAGCAUAGGCAUUGCAUUGGCCUUUGCUAACAGCGUAGCUUAUGAGUUGAUUUGCCUCUUUUUGCUGACUCCCUGCCUUCUGAACCAAGGAAACAGAGCUGGGAGAAAGUCCAGGAGCCACUCCUGUCCUAAGGCAGAUCAGCUACAACAGUGCUGGCAGAUAGAGAUGUCAUUUGUCUGAAGACAUUUAAUGAGUCUCCCUUGCUCUUCUUUUUUCCAAACUUAACAAUCCAAUUCCUUCAAUCUUUCCUCAUAGGCCAAACUUUUAGACUUCUGAUCUUUCUUCUUAUUCUCUUCUGGAGUUUCUCCAAGUGGUCUGCAUGUUUCCUCAAAGGCAGUGCCCAAAAUUGGUCACAGAACCUCACAGGAGGCUUUACCAGCUUUAGAUGGAGGGAAGGAUUACUAUAAACUGCUAUAGCUGCAAUAAUGUUUUCUCCAGAAGAGCUACUUAACAGAUUGCUUACCACGCUGUCUUUGGGUGAUGGCUGUUAUCUAAAUGUCACAUUUUCUCUUGUCCUUAAGUGAGUUAGGCUCUCCCCUAUUUGUCAAAUUUAUUUUCAAUUCCAGUCCUGUGUGUCAGUGAGCUUUUCUCCCAGCUUGGUGUUAUCUCAGAGACAAGCACACUCUUUAUCUUCCAGCUCACUAGUGCACAGGUAUGUGUGUACAUGGGACAGAUUAGUUCAAGUACUCUGCCUGGCUGUGUAGCCUAGAUUCAUAGGAGUCUGCUGGGAUUUGAGACAUGUAGGGCUGCGUGAUCUCAGUAUCAAAUGUCUCUGAAAGACAGCAUCCAAAAAACCCAUUACAUUGUUUGGAUUAUCAGUUUUGCUGACACUUCAGUGUUUGUACUUCAGCACUUACAAGUAUUUAAACUGGAAAAACAUAAUCCAGUAAAUGUGUAUUUAUUAUUCUACAUAGCACUACUAGGAGGGUCAGAGAUCACAUCAGUAUUUAGGCCACAAUCUUUGCCAUAUGAAUAAUUAAAACUUGGAGCAGAGUCUCCCACACUGUUCCAUGUAGCAGUUGUAAAAAUCCUGAUCUGGAGCUUAAAUUCUAAUUUCAAGAUGCCCAGUGUCUAGCCCCGAGAUUUUGAAAUAAACCCUCUUAAAGCAAAGCCAUUUACUUACUGUAUAUGUGCUUGUAUGUAUAUUCUAAGACAAACCUGAGCCUCUCCACAGCCUAAGACGUGUUGGCCUGAAACAGGUGGUUUACAUUACUUCGCAAAGUCUUCCUAGGUAACCUAGAUAAGAGGAUGUUUAAAUGAAAAAGGCAGAUAAAGAAUGAGUAAGAGGUCAGUUGGGGACAGAGGAAAUUUCAUAAAAUGGUUGAUAAAUGAAAGAGUGUGGCUCUUCUGAGUGUUUAUGGUUUCAGAUGUUUGGUUGUGGUGAGUCUGAAGGCAGGAGUGCCUCUUGAGUAACGUGCAUCAAAACCUGAUGCAAGUUCAGCAGCCUCACAGAGUAAUUGGUGAGUUUUUCAGGCAAUUCAGCCUGAAAAGCUUAAUGACUACUGAAAUCUCAUUUUAACUCACCAAAAGGAUAAUGUGUGUAUCCCCUCUCUGAACAGCAGCACUGACUGCUCCCAUGCCCUUUCCCUGCCAUCACUGCUGACAGAACUCCACAGAUACGAAACUCUGCAGUUAGUAAAUGAGCACAGACUGCAUUGCCCAAGCCCCUCUCUGCUAGGUGGGUUUGCUGGGAUUCCAUAGCAGAGGUGCUGGGUUGACUUAGCUCUGGCCAUUAUGGUAGAUGAUCAUGUUUCUGAGGUAGUACAGGUCCCUACCUCACUUUGUUUUGGGCUGGGACUGUGUCAUAUCCUGUGUUCAUUACUGUGCAAGGCUAGCCUUGCAGCUCUGGUCAGAAUGCUCAAGAAAAAUAAAAGCAGAUUAUUCUAUAUGCAGAGAAGUGCUGCUGAGCUCUUCAGGUAGAUGGAAAAGGCUGGAAACACAAAAAUCCAGAAAGGAUCAUUGUUUAUAAGUUGACUAAGGGAAUAAAUUCCAAAAGCAUUGAGAGUUGCAGAAGUUAUAAGAUCAAAGUGGAACACAGACAGAAGGAAUAGACUAGCAAUAAAGAAAUAAAGACUGAAAAUGAGAAUGUUUCUGACCAUACAGAGGUGUAGUGAGAGUGUAAAGGUGAUGGUGGGAACUGUCUCUGUCAGUGUGGCACUUGUGCAGUGGAAGAGUGAUGGCCUUGCAUUACAGUCUCUUAUGAUCUCUUCUGUAACAGAUUGAGUGUGAACACCCAAAGGAAAGAUCACACAUCAACUUUAGCUGUUGUGCUAAGCCAGAGUUUACAAAAAUAUCUGUAUUUAUUAGAGAUGAUGGGUUACAGUGAGGUUAUCUGAAUCGAGCAUGGCUUUGGACUAUGCACAGCAUCUUUCCUUUUCUCCUUGACAAUCCUAAUUUCGGUUUUCAAACAAGCCUUAGUCUCUCCUUAUUUCAUCUCUAAAAGCAACUGGUUGCCUGAUUCCUUUUAACUUUUGUUGCUAAGUCUUGCUUGGUGAGAAGGGAGUUGGGAGGUGGGCAGCCUUGGCUGUGAGUGACAUCUCCUGGCAUAUAGAGCUGCCAGUGACUUAGUGUCAUUCUAGGGGUAGUUUCAUAUUUGUCUUGAGGCUCUGGAAGACAAAGGAGUCAAACUUGCUUCCUUGCCUUCACAGAGAGCUGCCUCCCACACUGAUGUGGUCCUUCCUGGGUUAUGCACUGAGAGCAACAGGAUUUCUGCAGCAAAACUGCUGUCAGCUGGAGUGGCUGACAACAUCCUUCCCAGUUCUCUGUCUUAGAGACAGAAAGGGUAUUAGAUCUGGUUGUGUUUUGAGACCAUCACUGGAUGGAACCAAUGGUAGCCCUUACGAAAAAAGCAAAGAGACCAAAAUUAGAAACAGACAGAGAUGCCUGAGCAGCUGGGCUGUGCUCCAACAUCUAGAGAGUGCUUAAUGCCCGCGCAGCCGGGCAGGGCUCCAGCACCCAGCAGCUCUGAGGUUGGGGAGAAGAAAAGCAGCAUCGUUUCUAUGCCUACUUAUGGCCUUAUGUUUUUGUCACUGCUUACAGAGGGCAGCAUGGGAGAAAGAGUAGAGAUCUGUCUCUAUUCGGGUUCUAGCUGGGCACAGAGACGCAAGAUCAUGUCUGCUUAAUCUUAACUGAGGAAAAACUGCUAAUGGAAGAAAAAUCCUGGGGUCUGGCAACCAGACGGUCAAGUACUGCUCCACUUUGUGGACACUGGGGAGUGUCUGCAUGACAUUCAGCGGUGUGAAUUUGAAAUUCAAAGGAGCUGGAGGAAGCGAGAAUAAGUUCAUUCUUUAGCCACUGCAGAACCUAGAGCUGAUGGAGGUAACUAAGUGCACAGAAAAGGGAACUUGUUGAAAUGCCUCACUUUUCUGAACAAAUGGCAGCCACAGGUACCAAACCAAAGAUGUCCUCGACAAGAAAGAUUCUACUCAUCCUGGGAUUCCUCUCUACUUUGGCUGUAAUUGCUUUAAUUGCUGUAGCAGUGACCCAAAACAAGCCACUUCCGAAGAACAUUAAGUACGGGAUUGUGCUGGAUGCGGGAUCGUCCCACACUAACCUCUAUGUGUACGAGUGGCCAGCUGAGAAGGAGAACGACACUGGAGUGGUGAAGCAGGUGGAGGUGUGUAAAGUUGAAGGCCCUGGGAUCUCAGGUUACUCCCAUGCCACAGAGAAGGCAGGUCCCUCUCUGGCACAGUGCCUACAACAAGCAAAAGAGGUGAUUCCCUCAACGCAGCACAAAGAGACACCUGUCUACCUCGGAGCAACUGCUGGCAUGCGGCUUCUCAGGUUGGAGAAUGAAAGUGCAGCUGACGAAGUCUUGUCCUCAGUAGAGACGACACUACGCUUAGCUCCGUUCAACUUCCAGGGUGCCAGAAUCAUCACUGGUGAGGAAGAAGGAGCCUAUGGAUGGAUCACCAUUAAUUACCUUCUGGGCAGUUUCAAGCAGUCUGGCUGGAAAAAGCUUCUGCAUUCCCUGAAAUCCACAAGUGAGACAUCAGGAGCACUAGACCUCGGAGGAGCCUCAACACAGAUUACCUUUGUAUCAAAGGAACUCUCUUCUGAGUCUCCAGAGAACGAGCUCUACUUCCGUCUCUAUGGCAAGGAUUACCAGGUGUACACACACAGCUUUCUCUGCUAUGGGAAGGACCAGGCUCUGCAACAGAAACUGGCCAGGGACCUACAGACCGUGGAGAGCAGCAGUCUCCUUGACCCGUGCUUUCACCAGGGGUAUCAGAGGACUAUAAAUAUAAGUGACUUCUUCAAAAACCCUUGUACAUCAGACAAGAAAAAGCAAUUACCUUUCAGCCAGCUGUACAUAGAGGGAGAGGGGGAUUAUCAAAAGUGCCGAGAAAACAUCCAGAAACUCUUCGACAAAACCAAUUGUCCUUACUCCAGUUGCUCCUUCAAUGGGAUAUACCUACCUCCAUUACAAGGGGAUUUUGGGGCUUUUUCUGCUUUCUAUUUUGUGAUGAACUUUUUGAACUUGACCGGUGAAGCAAGCCCUGUUCCCCUGAACAAAGUGACCAGAACCAUUGAGAGCUUCUGUGCCCGGCCUUGGCAAGAGGUGAAGACAAUGUAUCAAAACAUCAAAGAGAAGUACCUGAGUGAAUAUUGCUUCUCUGGAGCCUACAUCCUCUCUCUCCUGGAAAAUGGCUAUGAAUUCACCGAAGAUAACUGGCAAAGGAUCCACUUCCUUGGAAAGAUUGGUAGCAGUGAUGCAGGUUGGACCCUGGGCUACAUGCUGAACCUGACCAACAUGAUCCCUGCAGAGGAGCCAGCUUUGCCCCCUCUCUCUCAUGGCAGCUACGUAGGGCUGAUGGUGCUGUGCUCCCUUGUGCUGGUGUCUGUGCUCCUGUUUGCUUGGCUUCUCUUUCACAAGCCCAAGUGCCUGCAGAAGGGGGUUGUUUAGGAAGAACCUGGAGGGGAGAGGGGCCAUGUCACCCUGGCUGUUCAGGGCUAGGAGACCCCAGCAGAGCAGCCUGUACUGCAGAGUUCCUCUCACUGAAGCUACUGACUGUACAACAAGGGCAUUUAUUUCUUCUGACUCACAUUUGCACUGAGAGAUGUUGGGACAUCAGGCUCGCCACCUUUCUCUGCCAAGGACAGACAAGCUGGUGUCCCCUCCUUGAAUGGGUUGUACUUUCAUUCAAUGAAACUUUGCUGCUUGUUGAUUUCUGCCUUGUGCACAGCAUUAUAAAGAGAAAAGUGGCAGCAAUCUUUGGGAGCCAGUGCUCCUGCAAGGGUAAUCUCAGGGUCACACAUCCCACUGAGCUCUUGGGAGCUGUCACACACAGGGUGAUCCUGCUCCUUCUCUGCUGAAGCUGUUCCCAAGAGCCCUUACCACACCAGCACACCUCUGCUCACCUCCCUGGGCCCUGAGCUCUCGCAGCCCUACAGCUGGGUACAGCACUUGCACCUGACCGGCCCCUGAAGGUGGGUCAGGCUCCCAAAUGCCACUCUCGGAAAAGAAGGGAUGAGGACGAAGAAACCGAGCGUGCUGGUGGUCAUCAGCCCUUAUCUGGGCUCUGGUGGCUGUCAGCUCCUUUUGCAGGUGGUAAGAAGCCUUUUUCCCACAUCUUUCUGAUGUUGUUGCUGGACCAAAGCUGGCUCACUGUCGCACUGAGCCAUUCCCAUGCCCCUAGGGUACAUCAAGACACGAGUUUCCAGCCAGGCAUUGCUGUUUUUUGCAGGAACAGCUUGUACUGGCCAAGGAUCCUUGCCCAGUAGUGAGUGCUUAUGCCUACAGGAACUCUGGUGUUAUCAGCAUGCCUGUAGGUAUAGACCCACUAAAGCAAUCCAGGGUCACUGGAUAAUAGAGCAGCCUCCAAUCUAGGGAAAAUGUUUAUUAAGUAAUGUUGUUAUAGACAGCUGGCAGCAGUUAACCAGCAUUGGUUAACUUUGCUUUCCAUCAGCAAAAUUACUGAAAAUUUGCCUUUCCUUCCCUGAUGGAAUAGGCUUAUCCUAUAGCCAUAAGACCCAGGGCUUGUGAGUGCACAUACUGAGGCCCAUCUUCCAGUACACAACUAGGAUGAUGCCAUUGAUUGGGUUUAUGAAUCACUUUCUUCCAUUUUUCCAUUCCUUGGUCUGAAAAAAAAGAAGAGGUAAGUCAGAAAUCCGUUUUUGUAAAAACACUCAGAAACCACUGGUGCCUGUCUACCUCCCACAAAAUCUUGGAUAUCUCUUCUCCUAAUGGCCUGUAAGUGCCGGAGGUCAAAAGAAAGCAGAUAUUAUAGAGAAAAAGGGAUAGUAAACAUGUACCUUCACGUGUUUCCCCAAGCAAAGGUGCAGGCAGUGAGGAGGGGGUCAGGAUGUGCACACCCAACAACACCUUCUCCUUUAGGCAAGCGCAGACACAGAACUCAGAGUUUUCAUGCUCUCCCAACCUGUUCUUCUGCACAGUUCAGGCAUGAAAAUAUCCCGCAGUUAUUUCUGCUUUAUACCUGGAAGUAGAAGCCCUAACAUAUUGAAGAACCUAAAGGUAAGGGAAAAAUCUACCCUGUGAGCUUUGGGCAGAUCGUUGUUCUUCCAAAAAUUGGUGUCUUAUUUUUGCUCUGAAGUAGCUGACUUCAGCUUCUGUUGGACCUUGUUCUGCCAGUCCAAAGGACUGAGUAACUCUGCUAUUAAAAAUCCCUUUUUCCUUGUUGGUGCUUGCAAAUUGUCAUUAUAUCAUAUUAAAUAGGUUGAUCUUCAAUCUGUAAAGUGCUCUGUGCUGACCUCACUUGUAGCUCUUGACUCCACUUCUUUUAAAAGUUUUACAUCUUUCUGAAAUUGGAACACCAAAGUUUUUAUCAGUGAGUGACAGUAGAGUCAUUAAUAGUGUGUAUAAAGUAAUAUCCUCUGGUUUUGAUCUAUACUCUGCGUUCCCCAUUUAUAUAUCUCAGGGCCACAUCUGCUCAUUCAACAGAAAGUUUUGAGACUGUUUUGUCCAGUUGGACUAUUGCAACUUUUUUUUUUCUCUCAGUAAUUGCAUUCCAGAACAGCUGCUGUCCCACAUUGUGCAUCACUGUCUCCAAUAUAAGCUAUUUUGCCUUCCACGUAGCUCCACUGAAAGACACACUGUUCAAAGAAUAUUCCCCCGAGCAGAUUAUCCAGUUCAAUCCACAAACGACACUUCACCACACUGUUAGUCCAUUCACCAGUUUUUGUUUUAUCUGCAAAUAGACUGAGAUGUUGGAUUCAGCUAGAGAUGCAGUCUUCCUUCCGUUUUUUUUCAGGAAAUAUAGGUAGAUGAGAGACUAAUGGUAGUUUUUGAUCGUGGCUGGAAGGCAUGCAGGAGAUACGUGUGAUUAGAGCUGCUUCUGCUGCCCAGACAGCCUCAAUUGCAACACACCUCAUCUUGUGCCACCUCCCUUGCAUACGGAGUCCUCAUAGCAAAGCAGAGGCCCUGGAGAAGUUCCCCACACGUGCUGGUGCAUCCUUCCUCCCCAUGAACAGCAUGGAAACCUGCAAAAUGGCAAUUCCUCUCCUGAGAUCUCUUUGGGGAUCUGGCAGCUGCUGAGUUGUGUCCAUGAUGGAAACUGGCAGAUCCAUUAAGACAUUUCAGAAAUUGAUGCAGAAACUCCAUGUGGAAGCUGGUGUGGAAAAAAAGCUUGUGCCAGUCUGAUUUUCUGGUCCCUGCUAAGAGUUUAUGCCAAAGGAAAAGGACAAAUACAGAACCUGUGAGAAGAGCUUUCACAAAGUUUUGUAUCUUUAUUGCAAGUCCCACAGUAUUAAUAUUGUUAGCUCCUGAUUCCAGAGCCAGGUGAGCAGCUGGUGUCUUCACUUACUCCCUCCCAUCAUAAUUAUCUUGCUUUUUGGUUUCAGUUUUGGGGUUUUUUUUAAAGCUUUAAAUAUGACUGGAGUGUAACCUAAGGGCCCCAAGCUAAGAUAAAUACAAAAUAUGUUUCAUUUUUUUAAACCUUGUGACUAUUAGAUCCCAUUUAUAAAUCAAUCUCUCCAAAAUUAGAAUUUUGAAGGUGACAACAGACAUGCCAUUUGAAAAAUCACUUGAGCAGACUGAGGCUCCAGGAACUGGUUGACUGAAGGCAUCCUGUCAAGGUGGGACCCUUGAAUAUCAUUGCCUGUAUGUGAACCUUCACAGAACAGCCUAUGACUUUUUUUUCUCCCUAUUUCUCCUGUUAUUGCAGGACUUUAUUCAUAGAGGCUACUCAAAAUCCUUGGUCAAAGAGUUCAAGUUUAAUGAAUAUUCAUUUCUUUGCUUCUGUGUUGUAUCUGACCCAGCUGUAUUCAGCUCAAAUGUUCCAGAGACACCCAAUGUGUGCAGGAAGACCAUUAAUGGUAGUGGAGGGAAUGUCCAAAUAUGCCAAUAAUAAUGUAUCACUUCUCUUGUUAAUACAGUUGAUCUGCCUCACUGAUAAUUAUUUGUGCCUUAUUUCUAAUUUGACAGCUUCUGGCUUUAAUAUCUGGCCACUGGCUGCUGUACUGUUUUGCUUUUCUGGGGUAAAGCAUCUUUUAACACCACAUGUUCUUGUCUAGCAAAUAUUUAUUCACUAUUCAGCACUGCUGAGCUGCCAAGAUUCCAGACCUUGGUCUCUCCUAGAAGAGAGAGCUCUCCUGGGCUCCUAGGAAGCCCUGAGAUGUGCUGCAGCAAGGUGAGAUGUCUCUGUUUGGGGUUCAAAUAUUGAUAGAUCCGUUUUUGGGAAGGUUCCUUGCAGGGGGAUUUCAUAGCUUUGGAUAGUGCAGGAGUAGUCUGGUCUUGCUGGGACUGAUAACUUCUAUGAGCUCUCCCAUGUUCACCCAAGUGUCAGGUGUGAGGCAAAGCCACCGGAACUUCUCAGAGGAGAGAGCCUGGGUGCCUGCAGCACACUCACCUCUUGCAGAAAACAACUGGUCCUCACCACAGGCUCUGAGUACCUUUCGCUCUCCUCCCUGAUAAAGCUACCUCUCCUCUGUGCACAGGCUACAACUGACUUCUCUGGCCCUACAGCAAAGCACAGGGGAGCCUCCACUUGAAAGGAAGCUCUCAGAAGUGGGGCCAUCACCUCUGCAGUGGGAGCCCGAUUUGAAGUGUCUGGGCUGGCCAGGGCUCUUCAGCUUCUCCAAGAGCAACCCUGGGCCGGAUGUGUACCCCUUCCUUCUCCACCCCAAUUCUUCCCAUGCUCUGUGCCAGGAAGGAUGUGCAGGCUCUGCAGGGCUGCCAGCUUCGUCACAGGCUCUACAGACUGUUUAGGAGGGGCUGGGGGGACACGCUGAGGACAACAGUUCCUGCCACCCAGGCCAUGUGCUUUCUUUCUGUGGCCCAGCCCUGAAGAAAUGGAUCUUUGUUUUGAUGCACACACAAGUCUCUGUAUGCUUAUCAUAAUAAAGACUUCUGAACUUA